GGGUAUAUGACCGAGUGGACACUGUGUUCACUGUGCUGAAGUUCCAAUAUGUGUAAAUGCUUUAGAGAACGUUUAUUAGUUACUCUUAAACAAUGAACGCUGGGACCCUCCGAAGCGGACAAAGACUUCAUGCAAACAGACUUCAUAUAGUGACAUGGAACGUCGGUACAGCAGAUCAUCCAGUUCAUGUGAGGUCACUGUUACAGCUUGAUUCUGACUUUAAGACUGAUCUUUUUGUAAUAGGUCUGCAGGAGGUGAGAGCCACCCCAGUGAAGUAUAUGUCUGAUCUGAUAGCAGAAGACUCGUGGAGCCACCUCUUCAUGGAUACUCUUAUGCCAAAUGGCUUUGUCAAGGUGACUUCUGUGAGAAUGCAGGGUCUUCUCCUGCUCCUGUUUGCUAAACAGGUCCAUCUUCCUUUUAUCCGUGACAUUCAGACCACCUACACACGCACCGGAUUCUUUGGCUAUUGGGGGAAUAAAGGUGGCGUGUCGAUGCGGUUCUCUUUCUACGGACACAUGCUGUGCUUCCUAAACUGCCACCUAGCAGCACACAUGGAUUACGCGAUGCAGCGUGUGCACGAGUUUGAAUACAUCCUUAACUCUCAGCACUUCGAUUUUGACAAUACACAACAUGUUCUCGACCACAAGUCAUGUGGUGUUUGGUUUGGCGAUCUCAACUUCCGCAUUGCAGAUCACGGCCUGCACUUCCUGCGCUCCAUCAUCAACAGUGGUCGCUUCAGUUUGCUGUGGGAGAAAGACCAGCUAACGAUGAUGAAAAAGAUGGAACCUCUACUGCAAGAGUUUGAAGAAGGACCUCUAGAGUUCAAGCCAACCUACAAAUUUAGUCGCUUCUCCGAGGCCUAUGACAUGAGCCCUGAGAAGACAUGGCUUGGUUUUACCGGAAAGAAACGGAGGCCUGCCUGGACCGAUCGAAUCCUGUGGAGGGUAAAGGCAAAAGGAUCACCAGAUGAAGAAGAGAGUGGCUCAACCUCAUCAUCAUCAUCAUCAGCAGCAGCAGUAGACAAAAAAGACUUUUCGUUGAGGGUGAACCAGCAGAAGUACACCUGCGACACAUCAUAUGGUGUUAGUGACCAUAAACCUGUCAUUGCCACGUUUAUCCUAGAGAUUCAGUAAAAGUUGGAGAAGCCUUUAGUGUGUGUAAGCGCAGAAGGCCAGUGGAGCGCUGAUGAGGACGCAAUCCUGACCUACACCAUCCAGGAUAACUUGCCCUGCACCUCAGACUGGAUUGGCCUCUACAAGACUAACUUCAAGAGCCCCACUGAUUACAUUACCUUUGUGUGGGUCAAGGAGGGCGAGUUUGCUGAAAUCAAUGACGUUGUCCAGUUGAGAAUGAAUAAAGAUGACUUCCCCGUCCUGGCAGGGGAUUAUAUUCUGGGUUACUACAGCAGGAACAUGCAGUCCCUAGUCGGCCUGAGUCCUACUUUUCAGAUAAUGGAGUCCAGGCUUGCGCUAUUGGAACACCUGAUGCCUGAGAAUGUUAAUGGACUGCAGCCACAGUAGCUUUAUCCAGAGAUACAAACCGUCCAUUUAUGUUGGGGAACUGAGGAGACCAUUUGUUGGAGCAUUGGGAGAGGAACGUUAUCCCAUUUGUAUCUGUGCGGACCCCCCUGCCUGCCUGCGGACCCGAAGAUUGCAGCUAUCCAAUAUUGAUUUUCACCCUUGUCAUUUGUGCACAGAGAUUUCUCCAGAGUCUUGAAAUCUUAUAUUAUUAUAAAAUUAUAUGAAGUAUUGAAGAUGAAAUAUUUAAAGUUUUAGAAACUUUAGGUUGAGAAACAUUAUUUAGAAAUUAUUUUAUUUGUAGACACAGAUUUUCGAUUGGUGAAACUCAUCUUUAUUUCUCUGCCUUUCUAAGUAAGAUACAAUUUUUAUAUCCA